GCGGCGGCGGCGGCGGCGGCGGCGGCCGGGACCUGCUGCGGAGAGUGAGCUGGAGAUGGUGGACCAUCUUGCAAACACUGAGAUCAACAGCCAGCGUAUUGCUGCUGUGGAAAACUGCUUUGGGGCUUCCGGACAACCCUUAGCCGUGCCAGGAAGGGUCCUUCUAGGAGAAGGGAUUUUAACCAAAGAAUGCCGCAAGAAACCAAAGCCUCGCAUAUUCUUCCUUUUCAACGACAUUCUCGUCUACGGCAGCAUAGUCAUCAAUAAAAGGAAGUACAAUUCCCAGCACAUCAUUCCUCUUGAAGAUGUCACUUUGGAGACGCUUCCAGACACCUUGCAGAUGAAGAACCGCUGGAUGAUUAAAACUUCCAAGAAGUCCUUUGUGGUUUCCGCGGCCUCCCUCACGGAGAGGAAGGAGUGGAUCAGCCAUCUGGAGGAGUGCAUCAGGCACCUGCUGACGAAGAUGGGCCGGCAGCCCUCCACGGAGCACGCAGCCCCUUGGAUCCCAGACAAGGCGACGGACAUCUGCAUGCGCUGCACGCAGACCAAGUUCUCCACGCUCACCCGAAGGCACCACUGCCGCAAAUGCGGCUUUGUCGUCUGCGCAGACUGCUCCAGGCAGAGAUUCCUGAUGCCCCGGCUGUCCCCCAAACCCCUGAGGGUCUGCAACCUGUGCUACAGGGAGCUGCUGGCAGAAAAGAAGAAGGAGGCAGAGGCAGAUCACAGGCAGCCAGAGCCGAUCCGCUCUGCCAUCCCAGGCUAUGAACCCUCCAGCGGUGAUGACAGCGACAAGUCUGAUGAUGACAAAGCUGACCAGUGGCCCGCAGACACAGAAUUUUAUACCUCAGAAGUAUCCUGGUCAUCUUUCCAUAGCUGACCACCUCCUUGGGAGUCAAUGGCAUUUAGACAUUGGGAAGCCAGCUUCUGGCCUCCAAUGCAUGUCCUUCUCAACGUUUUCUCUGGAGACUGUGCCCAGCAAGGUUGAUCUUGGCCCCAGUGUGGGGAGCAGAGAUGGGUUUACCCCUCUGAGAAUGUGGCUCAUACAACAUAAACACAGAGAGCAGCAUCUCAGUGAAGAAACCUGAGAUGGACUGGGGCAGAGACCUGCGGAUUGGAUCAGCCUUGGUCAAAUGAGCUCACCCUUCGGUGCCUUAAUCUUCCUGUCUGCAAAACCAGAGCAAUACUAACUUCUCUCAAAUGCUUUGAGAUCAGCUCUUGGGAGAAAACGGAGCAAGAAAUCAUAGAGUUAAACACGCUUGCCGGCUAGUGGUAUGUUCCUCUGUCAUGGCAAGGGGCACUCCGGAUGCCAUUUUCCAUGAGCAUUGCAUCUUCAUCAGAGUCUGCACUGCAAGUAUGCCAGCCUGAGGGGAUGGCCGCUAAUCUCUGUAUGGUAAGGUUGGCAUGGGCUUACAUCUCUACACCUGGGUCUCUCAACUUUGGAAACACUAAGGGAAUGGUGAUCCAAAUGCAGAGAGCUCGUCCAAGGCUUGGUGUAAGAAGCCUUAGCAAAGCACUGGAGCAUCCAGCUCUUGAAUAGAAAGACACCAUUUUGGUGGUACUGGUCCAGGAGGGAGGAAGGAGAUGGGAAAGGGACAGGUAAAAUUAUACAGAGGAGUGAAGUAAGGAGGGAGAGACUUACCACAGUUGACUCAACUAAGCGCAGAGCCCCAGAUCUCAAAAAUAGGCAGUUCCACUGGUUUACCAUCAACUUGCUGAACUCAAGCCUAUUAGGUGAAAGGAUAGCCCAGGGAAGACUUGUUAAAAGUCUUGAAAAAUCCAGGAAAAUGCCCCAAAUUAAGAUCCUAUGAAGUACAGCAUUUCAACUUCCACUUUCCUCCUGAGCAGGAGCCCAAGGCAGUGAAUGCUCACUUGUGGGCUCACCUCAUGCCUAUCAGUCUCAGAAGUCCAAAGUUAAACUCCUUUAUGUACUUCCAGGAUCGGAGUCCAAGACUUCACAGUUAACUUGAGAUCAACCUUAAAGUUCAAAUUAAGUUAGAAAUAAACUAUGUUUAUUCAAGUAUUCUAUUGUAAUAUAGUGUGGGAGUAAAUAUACUGAAAAUCAGACAACAGCAAUUGUUUUGCAGUAGACAUUUCUAUAAAUUCCGUUAUUACUUUUAGUAUAUUUUUGUAUUCUGUAUUUUAUGCUCUGGAAAAGGAACAUGGCUGGGAGUACACUGCCAAUGUUAUAAACUUCUUUCCUUAGCAUGACCUGUUCCAAACAGUGUAUUGCCUGCCAGACGGCCAGACUUAGGGUUUUUUAAAUUUCAGUUAAAAGUAAUCAUUCCUAUUGUCUUUUGUAAACUGCCACUGUUCCAGUGAAUUUGUAUCAUUUGACUGUGUGUGAAUAAAGAUACGGCCAACAGGAAGAAGCCAGGAAAAUAUGAUAA